AUGGAUAAUAUUAAAAUUCCAACCCGUGUUGAGGAAGCAUUUAAUGAUCCAAAGUGGGCUGAAGCCAUGAAUAUUGAAAUGGAGGCGUUGCAAAAAAAUAAUACAUGGGACAUUGUUGAUCUACCAAAGCGAAUGAAGCCUAUAGGAUGCAGAUGGGUGUUUAUAGUUAAAUAUAAUGUAGAUGGUACUGUGGAGAGGUACAAGGCAAGAUUAGUAGCUAAAGGGUUCACUCAGACAUAUAGAGUUGAUUAUCAUGAUACUUUUGCACAUGUGGCUAAGAUGAAUACUGUCAGAGUUUUGUUGUCCUUAGCAGUAAACUUGGAUUGGACCCUGAGGCAAUUUGAUGUAAAAAAUGCAUUCUUACAUGGUGAACUAGAAGAAGAAGUGUACAUGAGUCUUCCACCAGGGUAUAGGGUUAUCGGUGAAACGGGGAACAUGUGCAAAUUGAAAAAGGCGUUGUACGGGUUAAAGCAGUCUCCUCGGGCAUGGUUUGGUAGAUUUACAACAGCUAUGAAGAUGUUUGGUUACCGACAGGCUAAUACUGAUCAUACUCUAUUCAUUAAACAUAGGGCUGGUAAGGUGACUUUGUUGAUUAUUUAUGUUGAUGAUAUGAUUGUGACUGGUGAUGAUACUGUAGAAAUCGAGGAACUGCAGAAACAUUUAGCAUCUGAAUUUGAGAUGAAAGAUUUGGGUAGUCUGAAAUAUUUUCUAGGAGUGGAAGUCACUCGAUCUAAACAUGGCUUAUUUCUUUCACAAAGGAAGUAUGUCAUGGACUUGCUAGCAGAUACUGGAAUGCUUAACUGUAAACCAGCUGAUACACCUAUUGUUGGGAAUCAUAAACUUGGUGUUUAUGUGGAUCAAGUCCCAACUAACAGAGAAAGAUAUCAAAGGUUAGUUGGGAGAUUGAUUUAUUUAUCAUUGACACGCCCUGAUAUUGCCUAUGCUGUAAGCGUUGCUAGCCAAUUUAUGCAUUCACCUAGUGAGGAUCAUAUAGCUGCUGUGAUGCGUAUUCUGAGUUAUUUAAAGUCUGCUCCUGGGAGAGGUUUAUUAUUUAAGAAAAAUGGUCACUUGGAUAUGGAAGGUUACACUGACGCAGAUUAUGCCGGGAAUAUUACAGAUAGACGUUCUACAUCAGGUUACUUCACCUUUGUUGGUGGUAACCUAGUUACGUGGUACAACAAGAAGCAAAACGUUGUCUCUCGGUCCUCCGCAGAGUCUGAGUAUAGAGGGAUUGCCCAAGGGUCUGCAUUUGAAAUUGCUAACAAUCCGGUGCAACAUGAUCGAACUAAGCAUGUAGAAGUUGAUCGGCAUUUCAUUAAGGAGAAGCUGGAACAGAAGUUAAUUUCUAUACCUUUUGUGCCUUUAUUAGAGCAGCUUGCAGAUAUGUUGACCCAUGCUGUGUCAAAGCGCCGAUUUGAAGACUCACUUGACAAGUUGGGCAUUACCGAUAUCUAUGCACCAACUUAA